AUGGCUGGUUCGGCUCUUCGACGGCUUAUGGCCGAGUACAAGCAACUCACACUGAACCCUCCUGAAGGCAUCAUUGCUGGUCCUGUAAAUGAAGAAAAUUUCUUUGAAUGGGAAGCUUUAAUUACUGGCCCAGAGGGUACAUGCUUUGAAGGCGGUAUUUUUCCAGCUAAACUUCAGUUCCCACCAGAUUAUCCACUUAGCCCCCCUAAAAUGCAGUUCAUUUGUGAAAUGUUUCAUCCUAAUAUAUAUGCCGAUGGUAGAGUAUGUAUAUCAAUCCUCCAUGCUCCUGGCGACGAUCCUAUGGGAUAUGAAACAAGUGCAGAGAGAUGGUCUCCCGUUCAAAGUGUCGAAAAAAUACUGCUCUCUGUUGUCAGUAUGUUAGCAGAACCUAAUGAUGAAAGCGGCGCAAAUGUAGAUGCGGCUAAAAUGUGGAGAGAGGAUCGAGAACAAUUCAACACGAUAGCUGAAAGGCUAGUACGCAAAACGCUAGACCUUUCUCCUCUGUAA